UUUUCCAUGUCUUUACAUAUUCCAAGUUAAUUAAAAGAGGGAAAACUAAUUAAAUCCUGACCUUUGAUUUACAUAUAUAUUAGAUUCAGAUUACAUAGAUUAGAGAUUAGAUUAUAAUUUCUGCAAGUACAAAGUAUUAGGGAUGAAGGGAAUUCUGGAGUCUGAGUUUUGUGAAGGCUUAUAAAGAGCAAAACUGGUGACUGGCAAAGCAAAAACAAAGAGAAAAGAAGCCCUUUUGUGAAUCGAAAUGGCGAGCUCAGAUAGAGAUCUUCAUACAGAAGAGGUUGCAGAAAACAAGAGCAACAUCGGGCAGCUAAAAGGCCACAAAGUCUCAUGGGCGAAGUUAUACCGUGUGGACUCCCUCAACUUGGAAGCUGGAAAAGUCUCAAAUUCUCUGGCUGGACAUGCCUCUAAGGAUGAUAGGAAGACGAUACUGAGUUUAGCAUUUCAGUCCGUAGGAGUUAUCUACGGAGACUUAGGGACUUCCCCUCUCUAUACUAUUCAAAGUACAUUUACUGAAAAAAUUGGAGAUAAGAAUGACAUUCUGGGCGUGUUGUCCCUCAUCAUAUAUACCAUAUUCCUCGUACCUAUGACUAAGUAUGUCUUCACUGUCUUAUGGGCAAACGACAAUGGCAAUGGUGAGUUAUAAGA